AUGCUACCGCCACCGGGCUUGGAGCCCACAUCAACUUCAACUCUCCUCAACGAUGUCUCUCCCACUUCCAUUAUUUCCUCUGCGAUAGCAACUUCUUCGGCGUUGUUACUCGAUCUCGUAAAUCCCACAUCUACAACAGCGACAAUGCUCGCCACCGCAAAAGAUGAAGAUUCCCCAGAUUCAGACAAUGGAGAAUGCCAACUUCUUGGGAAUUUUGCCAUAUUGGUUCAGGGUUCGCUAGGUCUAUUGGCUGUGAUGGCAUUAGUAUACAAAAGAUGGAGAGAGAGACCCCAAAGACCUAUGAAAAUUUGGUUCUUUGAUGUUUCGAAACAAGUGGUUGGGAGUGUGUUGGUUCAUAUCGCAAAUUUGUUGAUGAGCAUGUUAUCGAGUGGACAAUUCAGUAUCAAAUUGGAUGCCAGCAAUGUCGCGAAAAGAAUGGUGGAUGAUUCGGGGCAGUAUAAGCCAAAUCCUUGCAGCUUCUAUUUACUGAACUUGGCUAUUGAUACAACCAUCGGCAUUCCGAUCCUCAUAUUUCUCCUUCGAAUACUUACCUCGCUUUUUGUUAUGACACCAUUUGGUAAUCCUCCCGAGUCGAUCGAAUCAGGCAAUUAUGGCCACCCACCAAAAGCAUUCUGGUGGUUCAAACAAUCUAUAAUCUAUUUCAUCGGUUUGAUGGGUAUGAAAAUAUGCGUGCUCAUCAUCUUCCUUGUCCUUCCUUGGAUUUCACGAAUUGGAGACUGGGCACUGAGAUGGACAGAGGGUGAUGAAGCAUUACAAGUGAUAUUCGUCAUGUUGAUCUUCCCAGUCAUCAUGAAUGCAACUCAGUAUUACAUCAUCGACUCAUUUAUCAAGAAUCAAAAGCCUGAUCAUGAGCUUAUACCAGAUGAGGACAACGAUAGUGAUCUUGAGGGAAGAGACGGUCGUUAUGCUGAUCCGAGCGGAAGCAGUGAUGGAAUUCAGUCUGAAGGGGAGGAAGAUGAUGAGGUUUUGGCAAAAGCUCAUAAAAACACUAGACCAGAAACACCAAGAAAUAAACGUGCAGGUUUGCGGUCGGGAAACAAAGACUAUGAUCCUCUAUACGAUGGCGAGAGUAGUCCAACGGUAGUAGGAAGCACAAGUUCGAGACCAGGGGAUGAUAGUGAUAGCACUACGAAGAAAUAA